AUCAUCACGAGUGUUUGUUGUAGCUUUCAGUGGCGUAUACGUCAUUUCAGAGGGACUUAUUACACACUUUUAUGUUUUAAGAAAAAUUAUGGGGAAUAAUACCAUUUGAAGUUGACAAUAAAGGGAUCGCAAUCAGGAUUCGCCCAGAGCUCAAAUAGCCUACAAAUCAAUCAAUUGAAUAACUCAUCAAUCGGCAGCGGCUGGGACGGCUGUGAUAAUUGGAUCAACGUUGUGAAGAAGCUGCCGAGAUGACGGCAGUUCUUGAUAUCAAACCAGCUUUGAUGAAGUCCGAAAAAUUGGAUUAUGUGGACUUCAGCGACGUGCCCCUGCUCACCCCGGGGAGCAGGGAGAUGAUGUCACAGGCCCUGAGGGCCACGUUUAGCGGCUUCACCAAGGAGCAACAGAGACUGGGCAUGCCCAGAGACCCCAGGCACUGGUCAGAGAGCCAGGUGGGCCAGUGGCUGCUGUGGACAGAGAACGAGUUCAGCCUGAAGAGCGUGGACCUGCACUGCUUCCGUAUGGCCGGGGUAAGUCUCUGUGCCCUGGGGAAGGAGUGCUUCUUGGACCUGGCACCUGACUUUGUGGGGGACAUCCUGUGGGAACACCUGGAGAUGAUGCAGAGAGAUGUGAGGUAUUUCCCGGUCAAUGGCUUGAUGCCCACAUUCCAGGAGUCCCGGUUCACUUAUGACUACUUUGCGAACUAUGGAACUCAACGUGCCCAGUGCAUCCUUCCAUCGGACAACUCAGAGCCAGGCUUCAUCACAGAGUCCAAUCAGACACUUCUACCAACCACCUGUGAGGACCUGCUGUCAAUCAAGACUGAGAACGGACAUUCUACUGGCCCACUGGGUCCUAAGCAGGGGGACUACCUCACCAUCAAACAGGAAGUGGUCUCCCAUGACAAUAUGUGCAUGGGGCACGUCAUUCGAGGUAAAAUUGGGGGCCAAGAAUCCUUUGAGAGUGUUGAGAGCCUAGAGGCUUGUGAGCGUCUCACCCAGUCCCGGGGCAGCCACUCCCACUUCUGCAAUCUGCAGCGCGUGCCCUCCUACAACAGCUUUGACUCAGAUGACUAUCCGGCCACGCUGCGUGGCCACCCAGCCAAAAGCACAUUCAAAGACUAUGUGAAGGAGCGCAUGGACCUGACCAAAGACAAGUCUGUCAUACUGGCUGCGGCUCUUGCGGGAUACACAGGAAGUGGUCCGAUCCAGCUGUGGCAAUUUCUGUUGGAGCUCUUGACCGACACUUCCUGUCAGUCGGUCAUCAGCUGGACGGGAGAUGGCUGGGAAUUCAAAUUGAACAAUCCCGAUGAGGUGGCUAGGCGCUGGGGCCAGAGGAAGAACAAGCCCAAGAUGAACUAUGAAAAGCUGAGCCGCGGCCUGCGCUACUACUACGACAAGAACAUAAUCCACAAGACGUCUGGCAAGCGAUAUGUCUACCGCUUUGUCUGCGACCUGAACGGCCUUCUGGGAUACAGCGCAGAGGAGAUUCACGCCAUGCUUGACAUGAUGCCGGACACAGGAGAGUGAUGUGGGUGUGGUCUGACACCACCAGGUAACAUGCACGCUUGUGUAGGACAGGGGUUGCCAACAGGUUGCCCGUGGGCUAAAACCGGCCCUCAAGCGAUUAUUAUUUUUUUUUAUUUUUUUUUUUAAAAAAAAAUUGUGGGGGCUCCCAAAGUUGAGUUUUUAGAGGGAUUUUAGUUUUUGGUCAAAAAAGACUAAAGUCACCAGGAAUUCAGAAAAAAGGAGACUUUAGGAAAUCUGUUCCCAAGAAUUUCAUAAAAAAAGAUGUGAUUAUGUCUCAAAGUAGGAAAUGAAUGUUAUUUUCUAAUACUCUUUUUAUUGUGUUCUGGCAAAAAUCAUCUCAAGGCUGAAUCUAGUUGCCUACUGCUGUUGUAGGAGAUCAUGAUGAAAGCAUUUACAAUCACAAAAAAAAUACAUUAUGCAAAUACAAUCAGACUACUGUCAAGUUGCUGAAGACCAUGGAAGCGAGUUACUUGGAAAUGGACAUGGCCAUCACCCAAGGAGGUUAGAUAAUUUUAUUCAAAUGGAGCACAUGGUAAAAGAAAUGUACCCUUUGGGACCUAAGACUGGUGUUUUUCUGUGUUCAGUAUUGUUCUCUGGAAACCACAUUGACAAUCCACAGCCAUUUUAGCAGCCAAGCAUUGGGCUUUUUGUGUCAGUCUCAAAGCAAUGACUCUACUCUUACACAAGGGUCUACUGAAGUCCUUUUUAAUUAAUGAUUUGUUUGAGGACUGCUACAGACAUCCAGGGUAUUGAGGGCAACACUAGGUGCUCUAUAUCUAUCAAUGCCACCACUGUCAUGGUUCCACCUGCCAAAAAUGUCAAAUUUGUCAUAUUUCCCUGACCAAAGACAUCUUUUUUAUAUACUGCACAAGACAUAAUUCACUGUCUCCACAUGCUUUGUCAUGAGUUCCCCUAAAUGUGUUAAGAGCUUUCACAUUUCGGCUGUUACCCUGGGUUGUAUUCACUAGGAAAUAAAUUGAAGAAAAUGGACCGAAACGGGAGGGACUACCUGAACCUGUCCAAUAAGAAACUAAUUUGUGUUGCAAAACUUUUUGCUACAGGUUGUUGCGGUGUACCCUAUUGAAUAUGGUUAGAAAGGUGUGAAGUACUCUCAUAUUUGAGGGAACCAAACCCUACAACCAAAUGCUAUCGCAAUUAUUUUACAGCAUUUGUUUCUUUUUUUUAUAAUGUAACAAAGUUUUGUAUAAUUUUAAAGUUUGUCAUUAUUUUUUUAUAUUUUUUUUAAAUAGACAGCUGGUUCUAUGCGUGGGAAUGCUUGAUGAAUACAGACCCGAGUAGGAGUGCUGAUCUAGGAUCAGUUUUUCCCUUACGUUAUUAAGAAGAAUACAUUGAAAGAGGGGCUGGCUGGCUGAUCCUAUAUCAACACUCUUAGUUUGAGACUCUUUGAAUAUAGGAUUUUUAAAAAAGGUGGCAGUAUCCUCUUUCUUGCUUUAUACAUUCAAGAUUUCUUGGGCUGAGCCUGGCCUAUCGCUGAACACUAAGAGCAGAGCUUUUAUUAUGAUUGUACAUGAGAAUGUUGUAUACCAAACAGCAUAAACCAAACUAACUGUUGUGUGGGUCUCCUAUUUUUACUCCUCACGUACACACAAAUGCCCAUGUAACACAGAGAUAAAAAAUAGCCACAGUUGAGUAGCGGCUAGACCGACAUUGCUAAACGUGGGGCUGCUGGACAGGAAAUUCCACCUGAUACAUGUGUUAAACUUAGCUGUGAAUAAAGAAGUGAUUUAUUGUC